UGCGCCGGCGCGCUGUUUGCGAGGGGCAUCUUGCGCAGGCGCAGUGUCCGGACUUCAGACCCGGGCGCAGGCGUACUCGCCUGUCUUCCAUCCUGCUUCCUCAGCCCUGGACUCGGCCGGGUUGGGUGGGCCUCGACAGUGGCGGCGGCGGCAGCGGCGGCGGUAGUAAUAGUGACAGUGACUACGUGAGUCCCCGACGGAAAUGGCGAUGGCGAUGUCAGACAGUGGGGCGAGCCGCCUGCGGCGGCAGCUGGAGUCGGGCAGCUUCGAGGCGCGGCUGUACGUGAAGCAGCUCUCGCAGCAGUCGGACGGGGACCGGGACCUGCAGGAGCACCGGCAGCGCAUCCAGGCGCUGGCGGAGGAGACGGCGCAGAACCUGAAGCGUAACGUCUACCAGAACUACCGGCAGUUCAUAGAGACGGCCCGCGAGAUCUCCUACCUGGAGAGCGAGAUGUACCAGCUUAGCCAUCUGCUGACCGAGCAGAAGAGCAACCUGGAGAGCAUCCCGCUCACCCUGCUGCCGGCCGCCGCCGCAGCCGCUGCUGGGGCCGCCACCGCCUCCGGAGGGGAGGAGGGUGGAGGCAGCGCGGGGGGCCGCGAUCACCUCCGGGGCCAGGCUGGCUUUUUCCCAAGUCCCGGGGGCGCCUCCCGCGACAGUUCUGGUCCGGGCGAGGAAGGGAAGCAGCGCACUCUUACCACUCUGCUGGAGAAGGUGGAAGGCUGCAGGCACCUGCUGGAGACGCCGGGACAGUACCUGGUGUACAACGGGGACCUGGUGGAAUACGAGGCGGAUCAUAUGGCCCAGUUGCAGCGAGUGCACGGCUUUCUCAUGAACGACUGUUUGCUGGUGGCCACCUGGUUGCCACAGCGGCGGGGGAUGUAUCGCUACGACGCCCUCUAUCCCCUGGAUGGUUUGGCCGUAGUCAAUGUCAAGGACAAUCCCCCCAUGAAGGACAUGUUCAAGUUGCUAAUGUUUCCCGAGAGUCGUAUUUUUCAGGCGGAAAAUGCAAAAAUCAAACGCGAGUGGCUGGAAGUGUUGGAGGAAACCAAGAGGGCCCUCAGUGAGAAAAGACGCAGGGAGCAGGAGGAGGCAGCGGCCCCUCGAGGGCCACCCCAAGUGACUUCCAAGGCCAGCAACCCGUUUGAAGAUGAAGACGACGACGAACCAGCUGUUCCUGAGGCGGAAGAAGAGAAGGUGGACCUCUCAAUGGAAUGGAUCCAGGAAUUGCCCGAAGACCUGGAUGUUUGCAUCGCCCAGAGGGACUUUGAAGGGGCCGUUGACCUGCUGGAUAAGUUGAACCAGUACCUGGAAGAUAAGCCCAGUCCACCUGCUGUAAAAGAACUGAGGGCCAGAGUGGAUGAGCGUGUCCGCCAGCUCACCGAGGUGCUGGUUUUUGAACUCUCCCCGGAUCGGUCCCUGAGAGGCGGUCCCAAGGCUACGCGUCGGGCCGUUUCUCAACUAAUCCGGCUUGGCCAGUGCACUAAGGCUUGCGAGCUGUUCUUGAGAAACAGGGCAGCAGCUGUGCAUACCGCAAUCCGCCAGCUUCGCAUCGAGGGUGCCACCUUACUCUAUAUUCACAAGCUCUGCCACGUCUUCUUCACCAGCCUUCUCGAGACGGCCAGGGAGUUUGAGGCGGACUUCGCAGGCACCGACGGGGGCUGCUACUCGGCCUUCGUGGUCUGGGCGAGGUCAGCCCUGGGCACGUUUGCGGCUGCCUUUAGCAAACAGGUGUUCGACAGUAAGGAGAGCCUCUCCACUGCAGCUGAGUGUGUGAAGGUGGCCAAGGAGCAUUGUCAGCAGCUGGGUGACAUCGGGCUAGACCUCACCUUCAUCAUCCACACCCUCCUGGUGAAAGACAUCCAGGGGGCCUUGCACAGCUACAAGGAAAUCAUCAUCGAAGCCACUAAGCAUCGCAACUCAGAGGAGAUGUGGAGGAGGAUGAACUUGAUGACUCCAGAGGCCCUGGGUAAACUCAAAGAGGAGAUGAAGAGCUGUGGGGUGAGGAACUUUGAGCAGUACACGGGGGAUGACUGCUGGGUGAACCUGAGUUACACGGUGGUGGCUUUCACCAAACAGACCAUGGGCUUCUUGGAAGAGGCGCUGAAGCUGUAUUUCCCGGAGCUGCACAUGGUGCUGUUGGAGAGCCUGGUGGAAAUCAUUUUGGUUGCUGUUCAGCAUGUGGAUUACAGUCUUCGGUGUGAGCAGGAUCCAGAGAAGAAGAAUUUUAUCAGACAGAAUGCAUCCUUUCUGUACGAAACAGUCCUGCCUGUGGUGGAGAAAAGGUUUGAGGAAGGUGUGGGGAAACCCGCCAAGCAACUUCAGGACCUGAGAAAUGCAUCGAGACUGAUUCGUGUGAAUCCCGAAAGUACAACGUCAGUGGUCUGACACCUGGACCUGUUUAUGUGUAUACGUAUAUAUGGCUUAUAUAUAUUAUUUAUAUUUAUAUUAAGUUGCAUUAGCGUAUUCUUUAUAGUCUCAAACACAGCCUAAAAAUAAAAGAUGCCUUCUCAGAAAUGCGAAAAUCAAAAGGAGAUUGAAAAACAUGUUAAACCCACGUAACAAAAACAUUGAAUUAGUAGAACAUACAAUAUGCUUUCCUUUUAAAUUAUGCUAACUCUCUAAUGACUAUAUAUCGUCACACCAGAGCAUUUCAACUUGUGUUUUGAAAGUUUCCCAGUUCACUAGGUUUCUUAAAGGGCACAGUGCCAUUCCUGCCUCGUGUACUUCUGCACCUUAAAAUGUGGUUGAACAAUUUGGGGAAAAGAAAGGAGGAGUUGAGAAAACUGGUUUCAGGGUAAAUUUUGGUCAACAGAAUUCCUUCAUGAAGGUAGCUGGCGUGUGGACUUACUCCAAUCCCUGUAGAAGCUGUCAUACAAGCAGUUCAGCAAAUACUUCCAUCAUAAUUUAAAUGGCCCAUUAUUGUCUGCUGUUAAUUAGCAUCAUUUUAAUACUUGAUUUGGGAGCAUUUACUUGAAAGUCUUAACAACAUACUUUUUUUGUUUUGUGGUUUUUUUUAAACGUGUUCCUGAGUUGUCAAGUUCCAGCUGGAGCUUCUGUCUUUAUCAUAUUAAAAAAAAAAAAAAAGAAGAAAAAUAACAAAGGGCACACUGAGGGUCUGGCAGCAGCCAGUGAUUUUAGCUGUCUGGAUCCCCUUUCAGUGUGGGUUACAUAUAGGGGCUUGGACUUCAUACAGAUGGGUGAAAAGUUUUCAUUGAAAUACUUAACUUAGGUUUCAGGGUCUGGCUGGAUGGGAAAUGAGGAAAAAAUUACAUGCAGAUUCUGGUGUUCUCGAGUAUGACUGCUUUGGGCAGAGAUUUGUUUGGGGGGCUUUUUGUGGCUCAGUGGAGAACAGAAAGGUUAGACAGUGUCCAAAGCAAGGAGGCAAAAACUUUUGGUGACUCCUAAAAUGCUCCAUUUUUCUUGUUUUUUAUUUGUUUUUCAAACCGAGUAUCUGCCUACUUCAGAUUGUAUAGUAAAACAAAAAUAACUAAAGAAAUGUGAGCUUUUCAAGGUCUCUAUAAAGUAUUGCUUGUAUUGUGUAUUGAUUACACAUUAUUCCUCAUACGCGGCGAGAGAUUGUACCAAGGCCCAUCUUUCCCCCUAGUUUCUAGUUGUCCCUAGAUGCCAUUUCUGCUGCUGAUGACUUCAAAAGGUUAUUUCUUUUCUUUCUUUCUUUUUUUUUUUUUUUCUUCAUUUUAGGGCCUCGUUUGCUGCAUAUGGAAGUUCCCAGGCUAGGGGUCAUGUCAGUUCGCAGCUGCACUUGCCGGCCUACGCCCCAGCCACAGCAACUUGGGAUCUGGGUGGAAUCGGCCAUCUACACCGAAGCUCGUGGCAAUGCCAGAUCUUUAACCCUCUCAAAGAGGCCAGGGCUCAAACCCUCAUUCUCAUGGCAACUAGUCAGAUGUGUUUCCACUUCGCCACAGUGGGAACUCCCAAAAGGUCAUUUUUUUUUUAUCUGAAUAAAAGUAGUGAAAUGAAGACUGUGGAAAUUACAUAAAACCUAAAAGAGUAGGAGCCUAGUAGCAGCUUAGGGUUGUAAAGCUCCUUGCCUUAAUUACUCAUAUGCCAGACAAGCCCUCUUAUUUUAUAUUUAGCUAUGCAUAGGUAAAAGGUUGAAAAUGAUCAGUGACAGUUUUUCUUUGACUUUUUUUCACAUAACUUUAGCAUUUUUCUAGCUAAUAACCAUCAUUGAAUAUUUCAGUUGAACAAAGCAGUUAUAAUUAGCCUUCUUUUCCAGAUCACUGUUAACUUGAAUUUGAUAAUAAUUUUGUGAUUAUUUUGUGCCACUUACAGUUUCUAAUAUUAUGUGAAACAUGGAUUGUGUAAAUAUUUGAUGCUGGGUCUGUGAAAUGAUACUUCUGAAAUCAAAACCUCUCUUCAAGGAUGAUGUUGUAAAAAGCCUCAAUGUGUAUACUCAGAUAUUUCAAUGGUUGUCUCUUCAGAGAACUGUCUGCUUUUUAAAACUGGAAGUACCGAAUUUUCUUGUGUUAAAAGUUCCAUGUUUCUUAAUCAGAGUUGGAGCUGUAGGAGGUAAUGCUCUUGGUGCAUCUGUUAGUGUGGGAAGCUGACUGAAGAUCACCAGUGUUGCCGUGUACCCUUGUGCCAACACGGGGCAAUGUCGCUGCAUUUCUGCAAGUGGGGUCAGAGGGCUUCUCUCUAGUUCUUGUUUAAUUAGACUCCAAAACAAGGUCUACAUAUUGAAUGCGCUAGAGGUUGUCUGAAAGUAUAGUAUAUACUGUAUUAUACCUCUGAAGUGUCGAUUGCCUCUUUUUCAGUUGCUUCAAAACAUAACACUGUCACUUGAGCUUGGAAUCAGACUUGAUUGAAUUAAUUACUGUUGAAAAAAGAUGCCCUGUGGAAUUAAGUCUUUUUGCUUAAAGCCUCAUUUCUUUUUUUUUAAGAAAAAAAAUAUCAGCUUUAUUGCUUUGCCAGGCAAAGGGAGGCCACAGCGGGCUGGUGCCGUAAAGACUGUGCCCUCAAGCCUCAUCUCACUUAAGUGCUGAACACUCACUUAUUUUUGUUUAAAAUACUACCUAUAGCUGUUAUCAGCACUUGUAUUUUGCAGUUUGCUUACCUAGGAGUGGGAAUUCGGGACUUGCCAUGUAGUGUAAGAUCAGUAUGUGUACAUUUAUUGAUAAGUGAUCUGAGGGAAUCUGGAAUGUUUCACUAAAAUAAAGCUUAAGAUUUUUCUUACACUGGAUAAAA